UUAUUGAAGUGAAUAGAACCUCAGUUAAAAGGAGGCCUUAAAUUAGCACAUUGUCAUUAGAUGACACUACAAAUACAUGGGUAAAAGAGAUGGUGAAGCCUCAGCUUUAACAAGUCCUUUCUGAUGGAUGCGUCAGAAAAACCAAAGGAAAUGGUGACAGUGAAUCCUUCAAUGUCAGUUGGGAGCAGAAAAUGGACCAAGCCAGAUAAAGCACACGCUUUGGCUCUUCUUUUUUUGCAUGGUGAUCCAAUCAAUUGGGUAAGUACGCACAGGUAUCAUCAUCAGUUUGUUGAUACUGAAAAAGAUCCACACAGUCCAAUUCAAGGAUUCUGGGUUAGUCAUAUUAUUUGGAUUUUUGAUUCUAAUGCUUUGGCUAAUAAAGUUUGUUCAAAGUACUUGAGUAAUUUUGAAGAGAGAGAUAGAAGCAUGUCCGUGAUGAAUAGGAAGCAUGAGAGAUUGAGUAAUGUUGCUGACUUGAAGAAGCAAACAUUCUAUAUGUUUAUUCAGAAAACAUAUAUUCUUCAUCCAAUUGCUCUUUCUGUCGUACUCUAUGCUAUCGGAGGAAUUUCUUUUCUCAUAUGGGGAACGUGUGUGAGAAUUGUAAUGCUUUUACAUGUAACACUUUUGGUGAACUCAAUAUGUCAUAUAUGGGGAAAGCGACCAUGGAAUACAAAAGAUUUGUCCAGAAACAAUUGGGUGAUGGGUUUGCUAUUAUUUGGAGAAGGUUGGCAUAAUAACCACCAUGCUUUUGAGUAUUCAGCUAGGGUAGGCCUUGAAUGGUGGCAAUAUGACCCUGGUUGGUAUGUUAUCAUGUUCCUUCAAACUAUUGGAGUGGCCACUCAUGUCAAAUUACCCUCUCAAAGCCACAAGCAAAUGCUGGCUAAAGACAACCCAAAAAAUUAAUGAUAUUCUCUAAAGUAAUGUAUUUUACAUGGAAAUAUAGUUCAUGCACAAUAAACUUGUGCCUAAAUAAAUCUGUUGACUGUUGC